AGCUUCUUGUUGAAGGGUGAGCUAUAAAUUCAUAAAGUGGAGAGGCCUUUAAGAGGAUCAUCUUGGUGAUGUUAUUGAGCUUACUUUUGAACACCACUCAUCUUCAUCAUAUAUAUAUUUGUGGUGCACCCUCUUAAAUUUUUGGUAAACUUCUUCAAGGGAUCAUAUUCAGAAGGCUGCAUAGGAAAUGGAGGAAAAUCUACCUCCUGGAUUCAGGUUCCAUCCUACAGAUGAAGAGCUCAUCACAUAUUAUCUUACAAGUAAAGUUUCUGACACUAACUUCACAUCCAAAGCUGUGGCAGUUGUUGAUCUCAACAAGUCUGAACCUUGGGACCUCCCAGGUAAGGCUUCAAUGGGGGAGAAGGAAUGGUAUUUCUUCAGCUUGAGAGACAGGAAAUAUCCAACAGGGCUUAGAACUAACCGAGCCACUGAAUCAGGGUACUGGAAAACUACAGGGAAAGACAAGGAAAUUUUUCGAGCUGGGGUUUUGGUGGGAAUGAAGAAAACCCUAGUUUUCUAUAAGGGUAGGGCUCCAAGGGGUGAGAAAAGCAAUUGGGUCAUGCAUGAGUACAGGCUGGAAAACAAGCAUCACUUCAGAACUUCAAAGGACGAAUGGGUUGUUUGUAGGGUUUUUCAGAAGACCACAGCAGCCAAAAAACUACAACAAACUUCAUCUUCCCAACCAGAAUCCCCAUGUGACACAACCUCAAUGGUCAAUGAAUUUGGUGAUGUUGAGCUGCCAAAUCUAAACAACAUUGCAAGUUCAUCUGGUCAUGGACUCACUAACAUUAAUUCAGCACAAACUUUCAACUAUGAUCUCAUGAGUAACAAUAAUGUUAACACAAACAUGAACUUGACCAUGAACUGGCCACCUGCAACUGGUGUUUCCUCACUUCCAUGGCCUUCUGGGUUGCUGAAUCCAAACAUUAAUUCUGUAAAUUCUUUGCUUCUCAAGGCCUUGCAAUUUAGAAGUUAUAAUCAGCAAAAAGAAGCUGCAGCUGCAGAACAUUUUGCAACAUCAUACAUGAUGCCUCAAGGAGUUUCCCACCACCUUGGAACUGACCUGAGCUCAAAUAAUCUCAGUGCUUCUUCUUCAAGAGUUUUAGAGUGUAUGCCACAGCAGCAACAUCAGCAGGAGCAACCAUUCAAUUCGGACUCCAUUUGGUGAAGUUGUUGAUUAAAGCAUGAAGCUAACAUUGUGUAAAUUAAUCCCAAAACCCUCCAACAGAACCUAUAGAUAAAGUAAAUAUUGGGAUUUUGGGACUUUGUUAAUUAAGUUGUUAUUUUCAUUUUCUUACAUGCAAAAUAAACUCAACCGUUGAUGUUGUAAACAUAGCUCGUCAAUUGUUGUAAUUAGGUGUCCUUUCUUUGCCAA